CCCCCGCCGGGCCCCAGCCUGGCCGGAUCUGUUUUUCUAAACCGAGAGAGGAGUGACUCACCACUCCGGUUUCAAAACAGGCCAUGAACGGUGGGGGGAGGGUGGCAGUUAACGUUAAAGGUCCUGUUUAAACAGGUGUUUCAGCUCACCACACAGUCGUCUCAUGCAACAGCAGCAGGCUCACGGACUAUUUCUUUCGAGUCAUAGAUUGCGUUGCGUGCAAAGUCGCUUAAUAUUGUGUAUUGACGUCAGGAUCAGACAAAUCUCGACGCAAAUCUCUCUCUCUCUCUCUCUUUUUUUUUUUUUUUUUACGUUUUAAGCGAUUCCAUGCAGACUCUGCUGCUGGUUUUGCAAAUGCAUUAUUGCACAAAAGAUCAAUUUAGUGGAAAUCAGUGGCAGGGCAGUCAUGUGAGAGAAGAGUCUGUAUCUCUUUUGAACGAGCUGUUCUGAGAAAAAAGAAACCGGGGAAAGGUUGAAGAGGGCACAAGAAAGCCAUAUGAACAGAGGCAGACAGGAGUGUAACAUUGUUCCUGGUGAUACAGCAUUAUCAUAUAAAUCAAUUUAUCAGAAUGUAUAGAUUUUAAUCCUGAGAGUCAGUGUGGUAACAGUUUAUCUGCUUCUUUCAAUAAACCCCUGCUGUGUGCCUUUCAGCAAAGUAAACAUGCCUUUGUUUUGCUGUCAUUACCAUCUACUGUUGCUCUACCACUGGUCUCAAUCGAUGUUUUGUUAGUGAAACAUUUUGCUCUCCCACAGGCCCACAUUUUUAUUAGCUAAUUAGCUUCAGUAGUGUUGUGAACUCUAGAUCAGAGCUAGUUUUGCUGUUUGUUGACUGGACAGAGAGUUUGAGGUCCUCAGGGUCCUGGUUCAUAGUUGUUUCUGUCCCCUCCCAUGUCUUCCGUCUCCUCUUACAGACUCUCCACCCAUUCUCUGCCUGGCCAACAAGCGUUUUCAGAGAGCUGCAACUUGCUUAGUCUGGUCCUCCUAUGGACUCCCUGCCCUAAGGCUGACAUGCAACUCUAUAAUGAGAGGUCGGGGGGUGGGGUGAUUGGUGUUUACACUGGGACAACAUCCACCAACUCACUGAUGAAAAUAUCUGAUGACUAAAUAUUGAUGUGGCUCCAAAGUGCAUUUGUGAAAAGGUCCUUCUACACUUCCCAUACCUUUGGACAGGGAAUAUGUGGUUGAAAUCAAUUUCCAAGAUCUUGACCUACUCCUUUCCCUCACUGGGACUUCUCUCUGUUCAAAAAUGGGUUUCCAGUAGACAUUUGAGUUGAGGCAAUACUUUGUUGAAAUCACAAAAUUACAGCAGUAAUUUAAGAACUCAUUAAGAGUCUACAACAAGCAGGGGGAAUUACUUCUUUCACACAGACGCAAUGAGUCACAAAUAUUGUUUGCUGUUUUUGCUGUUGUUUGAUGUGACUGGGUUAUUAAAGGUCAUUACCGACAAGAGGUCUAUAAUAUUGUUUACUGUUUAUGCAGGUCUGACAUUGCUUGGGUAUAGUAUGUAAGGGUGAACACAGGUUACUAUGCACUAGUAUUGCUUAAAAGGGUAGCCUUUGAGUAGAAGUCUUGUUACUUAUGUGGAUACUGGCAUGAGUUAGAUCUCUGCCAUUAUUUGCACUCUUUUAAUUAGAUGCUUGGAAAUGAGCCUAUCCUCACAAAUUAAAGAAACAGUUAAGGCCUGCCCAAACAGCAGAUAAUCUGACAUCAAAACAUAAUAAUCUUGUAUCUACAGUGGCACAUAUCAACUAUAAACCAGUAUACAAACCAGUGUAGUCUUGAGACAACAGUCAAACAUAUAAAUUGAACGUAUAUUCAAUAUUUUGUGUCAUACUGUUCAUGAGAGUUGUGUGGGAAUCAGGUCACACUUCGCAUAACUUUCCAAACAAAAAGUAAUGUGUAGGUUUUCCCUUUUUGCACAGCUAACUCAAAUCUUGCCUCCACAGGGUAGGUCUAUAGUAAAAUAAGAGCUUUGACAAGGUUAAGUUUAAACUGUCUUCUAAAAAAAUAAAAACAAAUGUAAACUCAAUAAUUUAUCAGUUUAAAUUCUAAGUUUCUAUAAAGCUCUUUACAACUGCCUCAUAGUAUAAAAUGUGAUAAAAAAAAAAAAAAAAAAAAAAAAACUUGCACUUCCUCUUUUUGUGGCUUUCACAUCACAGUCACAGAAAUUAUGGUCUCAAAGACAAACUUAAGGAAAAAGCUAUGCCCAGCUAGAUGUAUUUUGAUACCAAAGCUCACUGAAAUUGCUAACAGAUGCAUUAAACUUUAUUUUUUAAAAUGAUAGUAUUUAAAUGGUCCCACAAAUUCUGUAAGCUAAUUUAUUAUUGUAUCACAUUGUUAUUGUGUCCUAUUUGUUACAAAGGAUUCAAAAGGGGGAAAAUCAUUUUAUUUAAUCAUGUAGAUUUUCAUCUCUAGGUUUUAUAUCUGUGUAAUUAAAGAUAAAGAUAUAGGCAUAAUACCCAGUGACAAUAUUUCAAAUAUAGCUAAUAUGUGCUAACAUUAAAUAUUUAUUUACUUCUUUUGAACUUUAAAUAUUCAACGAAAUAAACUUGGAAGCUUCAGCACCAAAAAAAAAAAAAAAAAAAAAAAAAAAAAAGCAAAUGUGAGAAGAUCGUGGGCAAACAGUGUUAUUUCAGUAAGAGUGGGUGAGGGACAACACACAGCCACACUUCGGUUUCUGUUUAACGUGUCUUUAACGGCAGAGUCACAAUGAUUAACCACCACACGGCGAGUCAACGUAGCUGUUAGCCGUUUAUGUUCGACCUCACCGGCUGUCAAAAAGGUGGCUGUAGCGGGGGUUGCUCUCACGGACGGUUACACAGUGCGGGAAAUUAACGUUAAUUCAACCGCCCCUUUGCUCAACGGAUUUUUGCAACGGCUGUUCUUAGGCUGGUUUUUACCCACAGUCAUGUGAUUGUAACGUAAAACCCCUAACCGGAAAACACCGACGGACGACCCUCUCCGCCGCCAACGAAUGCUGCGUUUGCAAGGAACAGUACAAGCUGCUGCGAGCCCAGAGAGGACGGACGAGUCCCCGGUAACAAACAAACAACGGCGACACGGCAAACUCCACGGAUUUAAGCGGAGUGCAGGUUGAAGAAUGGAGUUGGCCAACCAUGGUCUUAUCCUGCUGCAGCAGCUUAACGCUCAGAGGGAGUUUGGCUUCCUGUGCGACUGCACUGUGGCUAUAGGAGAUGUCUUCUUCAAAGCCCACAAAGCCGUCCUUGCUGCCUUCUCCAACUACUUCAGAAUGCUCUUCAUCCAUCAGGACAGUGACUGUGUGCGUCUGAAGGCUGCGGACAUACAGCCAGACAUCUUCAGCUACCUCCUGAACCUGAUGUACACGGGCAAGCUCGCACCUCAGCUGAUAGACCCUGCACGGCUGGAGCAGGGAGUCAGAUUUCUGCAUGCCUAUCCGCUCUUGCAGGAGGCCAGCCAGUCGGUGUAUUCACACCCCGAGCACAGCAUCAACCUCUCCACCUCCCUCUACGGCAUCCAGAUCUCUGACCAACAGGUGGCGCUGUCAGCCAGGCUGCCCGCACACGGCAGCUCUCCUCGCCCUUUGAGGUCGAGCAGCUCGUCUCAGAGGGGAAGUAUCCAUCCACGGCAGCUGCCGCAGCUUCAUACGCAAAUUCCUUACCGUCCAAAGCAGGCCUCCUCACCCCCCGACAUGGAGGCCUCAACCAGCGGGGCCAAGCCGACAGGCGAGGAGGGGGGAGCCGACCUGCUUAGUGCAGAUGGUUCCUCAGCCAGUGCCAUCCUCCAUGUGAAGCCCAGCAUCAUGAAGAGGAGUUCGUCCUUUAGGAAGCACUACUCCUGUCAUCUGUGCAGGAGUCGAUUCACCCAGAGAUGCCUGCUGAGAGAGCACCUCCUACAGCACACCCAGGCUAUUCAGCAGACCCUGUCUGAGCCCAGUGCUGCACUCUCACCUGUCAUGACUGGAGAACACAGCAUGCUAGAGGUAGAGGGCGUCCUCAAAGGAAGCAAGCCAGGGUCAGGUGCCCAGGCUGCUACUACAGCAGUCGAGAUAAUCAGUGACAGCGAGCAAACACCUGUUUCAGGUACCAACUCGGACUCUCCCCGAGCAGAGGUAUCCACGUCCAGCUGGGGGGUUGGGGGGUUAAAUUCUCAGGCAGACACACCGCCUCCGUCCGACAUCGCGGACAUCGACAACCUGGAGAGCGCCGACUUGGACCGGGAGGUGAAGCGGCGGAAGUAUGAGUGCUCCACCUGCGGGCGCAAGUUCAUUCAGAAGAGCCACUGGCGUGAGCACAUGUACAUCCACACAGGGAAGCCCUUCAAGUGCAGCGCCUGCGGCAAGAGCUUCUGCCGGGCCAACCAGGCGGCCCGUCACGUCUGCCUGAACCAGGGGGCCGACACCUACACCAUGGUGGACCGACAGAGCAUGGAGCUGUGCACGGCGGGCGACGACAGCAGCCAGAUGGAGGCAAUGUUCUUGGGUUCAUCAAAGCCUUACAAGUGUAACAUUUGCGCAACCACCUUCUCCAGUCCCAAUGAGGUGAUCAAACACCUGUGCUUCACCCAAGGGGGGUUAGUGGGACUGCAGGGAAACACAGGGGCAGGGAUGGUGCUCCAGCGUGAAGAGUUUUCCAAAGAUGAAGGCUCUGAUUUGUCCAACUCUGGCACCCCCCUAGAACCCCUAAAGACUGAGGAGAUCCUUGUGGAGUAGUGCCAAAACUGUGUUUCUGUCCUUUUUAACAUGUUUCUAAAUUAUGGUUAAUAGGUAAGCUAAAGUUAGUCAGGGUAUGUAUGUUGGAGGUUCUUGAUCUACUUAAAAUGUUUUUGUUUUGUCUUUGAGUACAGUAUUUUGGAGUUUUUUGACCCUAUGUAUGACAAAAUGUUUAAAGUAAAUAGCCUUUAACUCUCGGGAGAUGAAACCAACAUCAUUAGAGAAGAAAAAAAAUCAACAUUUGGCUAAAUACCAGUUAAAUACCAGUGAGGGAGAGGAAGUAACUAUUACCUUGUUUCAUCUCAUCAUUUAAUUGUUGGUGAACAUUGGUAUUAGACUCACAUGUGCCACAUUGUUUUCUUGUAAGAGCUGUCGUUGUGGCGAGGCCGCACAGGCAGGACUUUCAGUAUAAAAGGAAGAGGAAGCUGAGACAGUUCCGGAGGAGACAGCAUGUUGUGAGAUGAGUUGGCAGUGCUAGGUGUGAGGAGGAGAAAGAAGUGGAACCUCUUGAGCUGCACUGUUUCUAAUGAGGGGCUGAUUCUGCAGGUCAGGUAUAGAUUAUAAUUCCAGCUAAAAGCACACAGAAUAUUCAGACCUGAGACAAUCUGUGCUCUUUUUUUUUUGAGUUGAUGUCCCUAAUUCAGGAAAGUGCAUUUGUCUUCCAUCAGAUGUUAUGACCCUUCUCUGCAGUCGUUCGCUCUGUGUUAAGUGUGGUCAUGGUCUCUGUUUUUUUUUUUUGGUUUUUUUUUGCAGCAUGUUAAAGCAUAAUUGCUCUUCAAAAUAAUAGUCAGGAGAAUCUAGAAAACUGGUCACAUCACAAGCAAGAGCUGUCAUUGUGUUUACAGUUGUACCACUUUGAUUUUUUUCCCCUUGAUUUCUCAUUUUAACUUGUUAUAUUGUUUGGUUACUGAUUGAAGAAGCAACAUGUUCCAUCCACACACACAUAUUUUGAUGGGAGCCUGCCUUGUUCAGUAUUGUACAUCUUGUCUAUGUCAUAAUUUGCUUGAAUCUACUUCUAAAGGCCCUUUAAAUUUUGUUCGACAUGCUUUUCUAAUUUUAUAUACAGCAUUAUAUUUACAAAGACUAUGUUAUAUUGCAAAGGUGUAUAUAUAUUAGUAGAAAAAUAGCUUUCAAAAUAGAAAUACAUUUGGCUUAACAAAAGUUUAUGUAUUAGGGAUGGGCACAACACAUUUAUCUUUCAUUUCUUUGAGUAAAAUCUGGGCUUGAUUAUGAUAUUGAGCUUUUAAAAGUAUGUUAUAAUUAAAAAGAUUAUUCAGGAUUUUAUGUCUCUUUUCCCAUUGCCAAAUUUGUACUAAUUGCUAACCUCCUUACUCACUGUGCAAAGGGAAACAUUUUCUCUGUAUUGUAGAUUGAUAAUAUUGUAAACUUUCUGACAUUUAUAUUCGUUCUUUAACUUUGUCCAGUUUCCAACAUUGUGGGAGAAAACAGGCAGAUGUUGACGAUGACAAUGAUGAUGUAGGUGAUGUAGAGGUUUAGAGCAGCAGAGUUUGACUGUUUAACCUUUCAGUUAGAGGUCAUGUAAACUCAGGCAAGGAUGACCGUGUCAUGUGGAGAGAGUUGGCUGUAACAAGAUGUUUGCAAGAAAUAUAAUAACAGGGUGAUAUUUCUGUGAACUAGACUCUCUGGACACAUGUGUUAUGGGAAUAUUAAAGGUGCUAUUUAUUAUAACGUAAUGCAACAUCAAUUCUUUGGGAUAACAGGAACACUUUCUGUCUACUACUGAUGACUGGAAAUUGUGAAAAAUAUUUGCAUACUUGUCCAGUAAAUGUGAAGCAAGCAAAGUGAUGAGGCAGUUAAAUAAUUCAUGUUAUGUGUGAUAACCCAGCUCGGGUAGUAUAAUUUUAGCAAUACCAAUGAGCAUUGUUUUGAUUUUUCUGCUACAAACCUGCAAUUUAACUGUGAUUAAAACUUGUCAGGAUAACUUUA